AUGAUGUAUGAGGCUCCGGGACACCCGUCAGCUGUGCGUGCCAAGCCUCUUCACGGGACCAGCCCCGCCACGGCCCGAGCGUUACUCUGGGGUCAGAGUUCAAACCUCUUCCAGGGACCUGUUUAUCAGGGGAGGGGUUGUGAGAACGGGAACGAGUGGAAGGGGGGAGUCAACAUGGUGCUAUUGACUUACUUCUUCUGGCUGAGUGUGGUCGCCCUAUCACUGACGGUGACCCCUAGCCAUGCCUUGCGACGAGUCACCUUAAAACGAAUGCCAUCCAUCAGAGAGACCAUGAGGGAGUUGGGACUGUCACCGAGCCAGGUGUUUGCUGAGCUGGCCCACAAGAGCACAGACGACCCCACGAAUGGGACGGUCCCCACACCCUUAACCAACUACCUGGAUACUCAGUACUUUGGGGAAAUCAGCAUAGGCUCUCCGGCCCAGAUGUUUAACGUAGUUUUUGACACAGGCUCGGCCAACCUGUGGGUGCCCUCCCAUAGUUGCUCACCUUUCUCCACCGCCUGUUUUACUCACAACAGGUAUGAUGCCUCAAAAUCUCGAACUCACAUUGAAAACGGAACGGGCUUCUCCAUCCAGUACGCGUCCGGGAAUGUUCGAGGGUUCCUGAGCGAGGAUGUGGUUGUGGUCGGUGGGAUCCCGGUGGUCCAAGUAUUUGCUGAGGCCAUCUCCUUGUCUGCCGUACCAUUCAUCUUCGCCAAAUUUGACGGAGUACUGGGAAUGGGCUACCCCAAUGUGGCCAUUGAUGGAAUCACCCCAGUAUUUGACCGCAUCAUGUCCCAACAUGUCCUCAAAGAGGAGGUGUUCUCCGUCUACUACAGCAGGGACCCCAAACACUCUCCAGGUGGAGAGUUGGUGCUGGGUGGUACAGACCCAAACUACUACACUGGUACUUUUAAUUACAUGCAUACCAGAGAGACGGGCAAAUGGGAAGUUAUCAUGAAAGGUGUUUCUGUGGGGAAGGAGAUGAUGUUCUGUGAGGAGGGCUGCACUGCCGUGAUUGACACCGGCUCCUCCUACAUAACAGGACCUGCCUCCUCUGUGUCAGCGCUGAUGAAAACUAUUGGAGCCCAGCUGGAUGAGAGCGGAUACAAAGUCAACUGUGACAUUGUGAAGACUUUGCCCAGUGUCAUCUUUCACUUGGGUGGCCAGGAGUAUGCACUCACUCAGGAAGACUACAUCUUAUGGCAAUCCCAGUUUGAAGGGGACGUCUGCACGGUCACCUUCAGGGGCUUGGAUGUGCCGCCACCUACAGGUCCCAUCUGGAUUUUGGGAGCCAACUUCAUUGCCCGCUACUACACAGAGUUUGACCGCCACAACAACCGGAUAGGGUUUGCCACAGCAGUCUGACCAGAUGUUCUGCCUCAGCCAUUUUCUUUUUUGAACCUGUAUUUUUUUUGCUCUUGAUCUGUGUCUAUUUUGUAUUUCUCGAACCCCACUCCUCUAUGCUUUGCCCUUUAGUGUGCACUUGCUUGUGUGAAUACCCCUGAUCAAACUAGACAUAUAUUUUCUAUGUAAGUAGAGAGGAGUGUAGUGUUGGAAAAGAGCAUGUAAGGAGUCCUCAUCCUCCCCACUUCUUCCACAUCCUGACCUCCCAGUAGAGAGCGACGCCUCAAACCAAUUGAGAAUUGAGUUGCUUUUUUUUAAGUCACUAUGUAAGCACGGAUCAAAUAAAUCUUCUCUGUACAUGCUAUCGGCGUGGCCAUGUUAUGCGGAACAAUUUAGCAAGCAUUUUGUCACACGAGCAGUCGGAUCCACAUCAG